AUGGCUGCUCAAGUCCAAGUUCGUGUUGGCGUGGGCGUCUUUGUGCUUGAGUCUAGCAACGAGCCCACCGACAACCCACGGUUCCUAAUCGGCAAACGAAUAAACUCCCACGGCUCGGGAACAUACUCACUGCCCGGCGGCCACAUGGAAUUCGGUGAGACUCCCGAGCAGUGCGCCGCGCGCGAGUUGCUCGAGGAAACAGGCCUCCAGGCUAGCAAUCUACACUCUCUCACUUUCACCAACGAUUACAUGCCUGCCGAAGACAAGCACUAUGUCACGCUCUUCACCGUCUGUGUUCGGCAGAACGAAAACAAGUCUCCACAGGUGCUCGAGCCGAACAAGUGCGAAGGGUGGGAAUGGGUCAGCUGGGAGGAACUGAAGACCUGGGCGCAAAAACAGAUAGAUACUCCCCAGGCCGCGGAGAAAGAAUUGCAACGCAAGCUUUUCCUACCAUUAUUGAAUAUUAUACGUGAAAGACCCGGGGUUAUCCCUGCUAUCGGAUGA